ACAUUUUCAUUCGUACACGCCUUUAUUUUCGUUACUUGUGGCUGGUGAUUAUUGAGAAGCAAAUCAACCAUCGAAGAAAGUACUUUAAAAAUGGGUGAAGAAGCAAUAGACACCUCGCCCUUGAUUCAAAGCUUUUCUUCCGGCGAAGAGACUUUAAGGAGAACCGGUAAUGCAUGGAGCGCAGUGUCACACAUAAUAACAGGUGUGAUAGGGGCUGGUGUGCUGUCUCUAGCAUGGUCUGUGGCACAGUUAGGGUGGAUUGCUGGUCCAGUGGUCAUUAUAUUCUUUGCAGGCACAACAAUUAUUUCCACGUUCCUUCUCUGUGAUUGCUAUAGAUUCCCUCAUCCUGAAUAUGGGAGCAUUAGGAGUUCCUCCUACAUGGAUGCUGUCAAGGUGUACCUAGGAGAGCUAAAGCAAAAGAUGUGUGGAGUGCUUGUGCAUGCGAGUUUAUAUGGGGCUACCACGGCCUAUGUUAUUACAUCUGCUACAAGCAUUAGAGCGAUUCUGAAAUCAAAUUGUUAUCACAAGGAAGGGCAUCAGGCUGCUUGUGAAUAUGGGGAUACCGAGUAUAUGAUAAUGUUUGGACUUGUUCAGGUGGUAAUGUCAUUCAUACCAGAUUUCCACAACAUGGCAUGGGUUUCUGUUGUUGCGGCCAUAAUGUCCUUUACAUACUCAUUUAUUGGACUAGGACUUGGCAUUAAAACAGUAGUAGAAAAUGGAAGAAUUAUGGGGAGUCUAACCGGAGUACCGGCUUCAAAUAUCGCUGACAAGUUAUGGUUAGUCUUCCAAGCACUUGGUGAUAUUGCUUUUGCCUAUCCAUACACGGUUAUCCUCCUUGAGAUACAGGACACUCUAGAGUCACCUCCACCAGAAAACAAGACCAUGAAAAAGGCCUCCAUGAUUGCUGUCUUCAUUACAACAUUUUUCUACCUCUGCUGUGCAUGCUUUGGAUAUGCAGCUUUUGGAAAUCAAACACCAGGAAACCUCUUGACAGGGUUUGGAUUUUACGAACCUUACUGGCUCAUUGACUUUGCUAAUGCUUGCAUCGCUGUUCAUUUGGUUGGAGGAUAUCAGAUUUACAGUCAGCCAACAUACAGUGCUGUUGAUAGAUGGUGUUCAAGAAAAUACCCCAACAGUGGCUUUGUUAAUAAUUUCUACCAAUUGAAACUGCCUCUAUUACCUGCUUUUCGGCUAAACAUGUUCAGGAUAUGCUUUCGAACAGCCUAUGUGAUUUCCACGACUGGACUUGCAAUCCUGUUUCCUUACUUCAAUGAAGUUCUAGGAGUGUUAGGAGCCUUAAGCUUUUGGCCAUUGGCUAUAUAUUUCCCUGUAGAGAUGUACUUUGUGCAGAAGAAAAUUGAAGCUUGGUCUACAAAAUGGAUUGUUCUUAGGACGUUUAGCUUUGUUUGCUUUCUGGUGACAGUAGUGAGUCUGGCUGGAUCACUUGAAGGAAUCAUAAGCGAGAAACUAAGCUGAAAGGUGUAUGCCAGUCCCCUUGAUGGUGCUUAAUUUGUUUGGAGUUUGUUGUUUGGUAGCCUUAUCAUUCAUGUAAUUCAGUUUCCAAGUUAAUUCUAUUUAUUUAUAUGGGAGAGUAAGCAAUUAUGUGGGGAUGUCUGAAACUGAAGGUGGUAUUGCACAUGGAAUAGUUCUGUUUGGUGAAGAACUCCCUUAAAAGAAAAUGAAAUGCUACAUAAACAAGUCUAUACACAUACAAAAACUUGUGAUGUAUCUUGAUUAUUAGAUUUAGCUAAAAGUUUGUGCAGGGUCACAUCAAAACUUUGUUCUUUACAUUG